CCGAGUAGGAAUCCCCGCUCCCCGGCAGCAGCUGGCAGCUGCCCAGGCGAACAGUGAUCCCAUUCCACCCAUGGAGACGGCCUUCUUCUCCGCCUCCUCCCUCUUCCACGCCGACGACGACAGCGACGACGGCGGCGGCAGCCGAGAUGAGAUGCAGGCGGGCACCGAGGGGGAGAAGGAGGAGCAGCAGCAGGCGUUGGAGUACGAGGAGAGGUUCCACAAGUUCCCCGGCAUGGAACUCAGCAUAAGAGAAUUUUCAUGCCAUCAAUUAAAUGCCAAUUUACUAUGGCCUGGGACAUUCUUCUUUGCUGAAUGGUUGGUCAAGAAUCCAUCUAUUAUAGUUGGUCAACGAAUCCUGGAAUUAGGGAGUGGAACAGGAGCUUUAGCUAUUUUCAUGCGGAAGUCUUUUGGAGUGGAUAUCACAACUUCUGAUUAUGAUGAUAAGGAAAUCGAAGAAAAUAUAGCUCACAAUUGCGGAGUUAAUAAUUUGGAUGCUUUACCUCAUAUCCGACACACGUGGGGAGAUCCAUUUCCAAUUCCCAGGCCCAAUUGGAAUAUUGUUAUUGCCAGUGAUAUUCUACUAUAUGUCAAACAGUACCCAAACCUAAUAACGACACUAUCCUUUCUUCUGAAAGAAUCAGAGGAUAACAGCCAAGGAGCUGGCUGUACAAACAUUACAACCAAAUCAGGAAUACAAGUGGUUGCUAGGUACCCCAUGUUUCUGAUGAGCUGGCGCAGGAGGAUUGGCAAAGACCAGUCACUUUUCUUUGAAGGAUGCGAGAAAGCAGGCCUCGAAGUGCAACAUCUGGGUGAUCUUGUGUACCUCAUCAACAACAAGAACUGAGUGUUGAGGAGCUUCUGGCUUAAACGGCGGCAUUGAACUGGCUGAAUCUUUGUUUACACCAGGACAAGAAAGGAAACAUAAGAACUCUUGAGUACAAUUUGUAUGGUUCGGUUUCCCCUAUACAUCGUUUUCGUCAAGAAUGUAUUGCGCAAUUUUUUUACCGGAAAAUUGCAAAAUCGUGAGAUUAUAAGGCAAACAAAGUAAGAACUUCAGAAGUGUUUCGAAGGCAAAUGUUUGUUGCUUGUGA